GUGUGUGUGUGUGUGAUGCAUGGGUCAGUAGUAGUACUCUCGGGUGGAGGUGUAUCAGUGUUGAUCUGAUUCUCAGUAGCCAUGGGUGUUCUGUGUCCUGCUCUGCUCGUGUCCCUCUCAGCUCGUCUCCUCCUUGCCUCCUCAGGAGGGCUGCCCGGCAUCACCGACCCCCAGUUCAUCCAGGACUGUGUGAAAUUCCACAACACUCAUCGCUCGCAAGCGCAGCCCUCGGCCAAAAACAUGCUGCGCAUGACGUGGGAUGAGGCCUUAGCCAAAAGUGCCAACGCUUGGGCCAAGAUGUGUCAGGCAUCCCAUAAUCCUUUGCUGAAGCAGGCUAGGAAGCUGCACCCUGUAUUUGGCCAAGUAGGGGAGAACAUCUGGGUGGGGUUGCCAGUGAAUAAGUUCUCUGUGGAAAAGGCCCUGAACUCAUGGAAAGACGAGAGACAAUACUACACCCUGCAGACCAACACAUGCAGUAAAACAUGCGGCCAUUACACCCAGUUGAUGUGGGCUAAGAGCUAUAAGGUGGGCUGUGCAGUACACCACUGUACAGGGGGCAUCCAUGGCUUCAGUGACAGUCCUAAGGCAGCCAUAUUUGUGUGCAACUAUGGAGACGGUGGGAAUGUGGGAGGAGUCAUCCCUUACAGCGAAGGACCAUCAUGUGCUGACUGCCCUGAGGGAGAUCACUGUGAAUCCCAACUCUGCAGUAAUGCAGCGAGAGAUGUAGUCAAAACUUAUGAUUGGUCCCCUGCAGAAACCACCUCAAACUCUUCAGCUGUCAGCCUCUUUCAUUGGACGGCUGCUAUGAAACAGAGCCAAUCACUGGUGAUUUUAUUCUUAGUCACUGUCUGUAACAUGUAAGGCAUCAUGUGUUUUCAUUAUAUUUUAGUAUAUUACAUUUAAUAUAACAAAAAAAUUCUAAAUACAUAUAAUGAUGUAUGUAUGGAAAAAUAUCAGAUUUGUAAAGUUUGAAGUAAAAGGUGAGAGGUGGUGUCAGUUUUGGACACA